CUUCUAUUCGAUCCCUCUUCUUGUCCAACAAUAUCCUCUCUUCUUGCAUCUGAAUUGUGUUGCUUGUCCUUUCGUCCUUUUGCCGUCGAUAUCCCCCCACAGUAUACGCUGCCUUUGCGCGUUCUGCGACCUGCUCACUGUGUUACUUCUUGGUUGUCCAAAUUGAUCAUGUCGCACCAGGAAGCCUCUGGCGUAUAGUAUGUCGUCAGCGGUUGGGGGUCAUGUCAAUUCGCGGGGAUCGGCCGUGUUGGCCGUGACCAUUGUGACCAUUGCAGUGGCAUCGCUCUUUGUCUUUUUACGCCUGUUCUCUCGUUCUGUCAUUGUGCAUCGCAUCUCAUGGGAUGAUUAUUUCAUCUUCAUUGCUUGGAUCUUCGCUUGCGGUUUUUCCAUCUCUGUCUGCUACGGCGCUUCCGUCGGACUGGGUCGUCACGAGAGCGAUAUCCUCCAACAAUGGCAGACGCCACUCAAGAAGGCUAUCUAUACAUGCACUGUUUUAUACAAUCCCGCAUUAAUGGCUACCAAAAUGUCGAUUCUGCUCUUCUAUUUGACGCUCUCAAAGACACAAACGCUCUUUCGAUGGGCUUCUAUUGUUACAUUGGUCGUCGUGGACGUGGCCGGAACCGCACUUACCUUUUUGAACAUUUUUCAGUGUCGCCCCGUAUCCGCUUCGUGGCAUGAUGUCGGUGUCGGGAACUCCAAGUGUAUCGAUAUCGUCACGCUGUGGUUGUCAUCUGCGCCCGUCAACAUUAUCACGGAUCUGGCCAUCCUUUUCUUGCCGAUGCCGAUCUUGACGGGAAUGCGAAUUCCUCGCAAACAAAAGACCAUCCUUGUCAUCACCUUCGGUCUCGGUGCGUUUGUCACAGUCGUCGAUGUAGUGAGAAUUGCGAAUCUUCAAUCAGCCUCCAUGACGCGGCUCCUCGAAAUCGCCAGCCAGGGACACUCGACAUCUGCAGAAGUAGAAACCGACUUCUCCUGGUAUGCGUCGCUUUCGUUUAUGUGGUGCGCCAUCGAGAUCAACGUGGGCCUCCUUAUCGCCAAUGUUCCUGGCUUGAAGCCUCUUGUCACCCGCAUCAUGCCAAGGAUGUUGAAGGACUCGGCCGAUGCGUCGACCCUGAAUGCUUCGCAAUCCUCUGCAUUGGCGGUUCCAGACCUAGCUCUUCCUCCUCCAUCCAUUGUCAACCCGGCAGCCGUGCACUCCGCGGACCCAGCUUCGAUUGUUAAUCCUGCGCGAGUACACCCACAGUUAGAUCCAACCGAAUGCGAUGCUCCUUCUCCAACUGAUAGCGAGGAACCGAUGGGCAUGAUGGAUUUCCUGACGACACCUGGAGAUAUGCCUGACCUUGCAAACUCGACCACAGCGGCAACCGCUGGCGGUACCCUGAGACUUUCCGAAGCAGCUCGACCUACCUUCUUCGACUUUGUGAACCUGCGGAAUCCCAAAAGUAUGGUGUUCAUGUCCAACAGAGAGUCACUCAUUUCUCUGUCUGUGGUCACCAUAUUGUUUUUCCUCUGGGGGUUCGCCUACGGUCUCUUAGAUAUUCUCAAUAAGCAGUUUCAAGCGGUGGGCAGGAUCAGCAAUGGAGAGUUUAUGGGCUGUCAUGCCGCGUAUUUUGGCGCUUAUCUGAUCGGGCCCCUCACCAUUGGCAGGACUGUCCUAAAGAAAUGGGGGUUCAAGCCCACGUUUGUCUCCGGUCUAUGCAUUUACUCUUGUGGCACACUCAUCUUUUGGCCAUCUGCUGUUUUAGCGUCCUUUCCUGCGUUUAUCAUUUCAAACUUCAUUGUUGGCUUGGGGGUUUCGAUCCUGGAGGUCGCGGCAAACCCUUUUAUCGCUCUUUGUGGGCCGCCAGAAUACGCAGAAGUGCGCCUGAACAUCUCGCAAGGGAUCCAAGCGAUCGGCAGUGUCGUGUCCCCGCUUCUUGCGCAAAAGGUUCUCUUCAAGAGGGUCCUUGAUGCACCGUCGCUCAUCGAUGUCCAGUGGACUUACUUGGGCAUUUCCCUCUUUACCUGCCUGCUUGCCGUCGCUUUCAUCUAUUUUCCUCUGCCCGAAGCUUCCGAUCAAGAUUUGGAAGCAAUCGCUUUCAAACGUGCCGGCAUAAAUGCUACCAAGUUUGCCGGUGUCCCUAUCAUCUAUUGGACGUUAGCGCUCGGCGUCUUCUCACAAUUCUGCUACGUUGGGGCGCAGGAGUCAGUCUCAAUGUCUGUCACCAACUUUGUCUCGAUAGAUGGGAGAAGGUCAGUAGGGACAAACUUGAGUCCGGAUGACAUUCAGGCAAUUGGCCAUACAGUCUUUGCCGUGGGUCGAUUUCUGGGGGCCCUAGCCACUAUCAUCGUCAACCCUCGUUGGGUACUCAUGUUUUGCUAUAUCGGAGCCAUAAUUUGUUCGGCACUGGUCAUGAACCAACGCAACGAUGCCGGAAUUGCUGUUCUUAUGCUCGUACAUUUCUUUGAGGCUGCGAUAUUUUCUCUCAUUUACGCCAUCUGCCUACGUGGCUUAGGCGCUCGCACGAAAACGGGAGCAGCGUUCAUCACUGCUGCUGUCUGCGGUGGUGCCGUUUUCCCACCUAUCCAAAUGCCCUUGGCAGUCCAUCGCGGCAUCCCAUAUACCUUCUCUGUGGUGGUCGCACUGUUUGCCUUUGGCUCAAUCUUCCCCCUCUACUUGAAUCUUGUGCCGGCCGCAAAGAGACAGGUAGACCCGAGGCUUUCAGAAGACGAUGAGACGUCUUCGACACGCCGACCUUCACUCUUGUCUGCGCGCCGGGCCUCUAGAUUCUUUCAAGCUACAGCAUUGAAAUGGAAAAAAAGGUUAAGCGACACUCCCGUAUCCGAGCAUGUCGAAAAACAAAACUCUCAAAGCUGACCUCCAAAGAUCAAAACACUAUUGAUGUCUCCUGGGACGUCGAUUAUUAUUUCCUUCUUCUUUUUUUUUUAUCAUAUCCUUUCUCAAUGGGGACUACUUGUAUAAUUAUUAUUUCUGGACAUGAGCAACGAUCGGUUUCUGAAUUGAAAAAGAGACCUUGUACAAAAAAGGGGAAAACUUGGG